AUGGCGAGAAAAUUUCUGACAGUUGAGGAAGCUCUUGAUUAUAUGAAUGCUCUCUCUGAUGAUGAAAUUGAUGAACCAGAAGUGAUUAUUAUUCCUCCCGAACCCGAUUUAGUUAGUGACGAAGAAGAAAUAGAUGACUCUUUCACAAAUUGUCAUACACCAGCAUUGAAUGACAAAUCUGAUUUACAAGAUGCUGCUGGAACAGUAGAAAUUUUUACAAAAAACAAAUGUGAUGCAUCUAUUUUCGAAAUGAAGGAUGUGAAGUGGAAAAAAUGUGAACCAAAAUUCGAUCUCAGCUCUAAAUCUAUUCCUUUUCAAGAACACCAAAAUAUAACAGAUAUUGUUUCUGGUAAAAAUCCUAUUGAACUUUUCCAUAUGAUGGCUGAAGACAUGAUAGCACACACCGUUGGAGAGACGAACCGAUAUGCUUCCCAAAAGAAUGAUCAUUCUUUUAGUAUCUCUGAGGGUGAAUUCAAGUUGUUCCUAGGUGUUAUGUUUUAUAGCGGUUAUCACAUUUUACCCCGUGAAAAAAUGUAUUGGGAAAAUGCUCCCGAUAUAGGCACAACAUUAGUUAGUAAUGCCAUAUCAAGAAAAAAAUACAGUGACAUCAAACAUUAUCUUCAUUUUAACGACAAUUCCACAAUCGACAAACAAGAUCGUUAUUACAAAAUUCGACCAUUGUUUGAAAAACUUAAUGUUGCUUUGCAGCAGUUUGGAGUUUUUUCAGAGAAUCUAACAAUUGACGAAAGAAUGGUGCGAUAUUUUGGUAAACAUGGCUGUAAGAUGUUCAUGAAAAACAAGCCAGUAAAAUUUGGAUACAAAUUAUGGAUGCUAGCAUCUUACGAUGGAUACCCUUUCAAUAUCAUUCCCUAUCAAGGAGCUCAUGAAAAAUGUAACGAACCACUUUCUCAACGCGUAGUUGAAAAUUUACUAUCUGUUGUGAAAAAUCCUGCAUUUCACAAGGUAUACAUGGAUAACUUUUUUACCUCCCAUGGGUUACUUGUUCGAUUGAAGCAAAGGGAAUUUUGUGCAACUGGGACUGUAAGAGUCAAUAGGAUGGCAAAAUGUCCAUUGAAGUCUGUGAAAGAUUUGUCUAAGACAGAAAGAGGUACUUCCGACGCAGCAUUUGACGCUGCCAACAAAAUUGCUGCAGUACGCUGGAAUGAUAAUCGUGUCGUUUCUUUGAUGAGCAAUUUUGAAGAUACAAAAGUGAAAAACAAAGUAGACCGCCGGAUCAAGGGAGGCAGAAAAGAAGUCGAUGUGCCAUAUUGUGUCACCACCUAUAACAAAUAUAAAAAUGGAGUAGACCUUUUUGACAGUCAUGCUGAAGUUUAUUUUGCUUCAAUCCAAGGAAAAAAGUGGUAUUGGCCACUUUUCUUGAACUGCUUUGAAACAGCUCUUGUUGCAGCCUGGAAGGUUUUUAAAUUAUUUUGUCCGAGUGAAGCACAAGAUAUAUUAACCUUCCGACGAUCAGUAACUAUUAGUUACUUAGGUGAAUCAAUUCCAAGGAAUAAAAUAAGACAGCGCAGUCUGCUACAAAAUAACAAAGAACUCCUUCAUCUCAACAAUGAGCAUAUACUGGUAAAAAAUGCUGAUGGUCGCCAAAGAAGAUGCCAAUUGAAAAAUUGUAAGCGCAAACCAACAACUAUAUGCCAAAAAUGCAAUGUUGGACUUUGUUUAGUAUGUUUUCCAAAGUUUCAUCUGUGA